AUGCCGAAGGAUGAACCCAGACUACAUACACAGGCCAACGGCCAUCCAGACACGAGUCUGGAUGUCCAGCCUCACGACAGGAAGAAAAAGCACCGUAACCGCAAACGCCGUGGCCAGGCGAGCUCAAUGACGGAAGAAACAACAGCCGUUCCUCUCAUCCAGAUAGGCUCAAGUCUGCAACAGUCGGAUGGAGCCAUCGUCCAGAAGCAGACCACGCCAGGAAAUGAAGCAGCACGAGCGGAGGACUUGCCUCCAUCAACGCUAGAAGAUGGUCGGAUGGUCUCGAACAACACCGGUCGAGCCGGUAACAACAGCUCGACUCUCUUGGCCAGGGCAGGCCGGACAAGUGGCCUCGCAGCUGUACAGUGGGCACGUCGGCCAAAGAAGAGGUGGUGGCUUGGCAACACUUCCAAAGGAUGGGUCCUGCCUCGUUGCCAGCAGGACUUGGUUGCGACAUCGCAGACCGGCAAAGAAUUCGCGUGGGCACUGUUAAAAUCAGUUCCGGCGGUACUUUACACCUUCACUGGGCUUGCGUCGCUCUUCUUGAAGUCGCACGCCAAGGUCCAAUUCGGGUUCCAGAUCGCCAACGCGGUUUUGCUGGUCGUCCUCAGCGGGAUGGGACUGUCGCUGGGCAGGUUCAAUGAUGAGAAUCGAUGGUACAUGCGUCACUACUUCGUCUGGACCAUUAUCAGUCACGUCGCCGCCUACUUCUUCGGCUGCUACACUCAAGACUCCGAUGGAUCCGAGCUCAGCGCACUCGAUCUGUUUGGUGUUGUGCAAGCGGUGCAGACAUUCCCAUUCUGGUCCGUGGAGCUGUUCGGCGUUGGAGGUACAAGGUUAGAGAAAAGACAGUGA